AUGAGCUAUUGGGCUUUGGUUCCAAAAGGAAAGAAAAAAAUGAGCCUCUACGAUCCUUAUAUUGGGCGUGAUGAAGGCCCAAGCAAACUUAACACGACAUUCGACACCAACGAUCUCAACAACUCGAUAAAUCGAUACAGUAGUACACAAUGCGUACAAGUACCAAGGGCUAACGGGUGGGGGGAUUCUCUACAAGGUGGUGGUCGUAAACUGAGUUGUCCUGGAAGAUAUAGCCACAAAUAUUAUGUUACAGAAAUUCAAAGGCGGGGAACAAGUUUUCUUGCAAACGCUACAUCUGAAUAUUCAGACAACGCAAACGAUUCUGGAGUAUUUCGUAGUCCUCAAAUAAACGGAAAAACAAUUGGAGCUACAUUAGAUGUUGUUUACAAAUACUCAAGAGCUUACACUCUAAAAGGAACGGCAUUGUCCAUCAUUUCAAUUUCCUUGCUUGCCGUGCAGAACCUAUCGGAUUUUACUCCAUCGUUCUUUCUUGGGGUUUUGCAGGCACUCCUUGGCGGUUGUUUGGCCAAUUUGUAUGUUGUGGGCAUAAAUCAACUCUCAGAUAUCGAGAUCGACAAGGUUAACAAACCAUAUUUGGUGUUGGCAUCUGGCGAACUUCCUGUCAAAACUGGCAUUCUGCUCACCUCCUUCUAUGCUCUUUUGGGAUUAUGUCUUGGGUGGAGUGUUAAAUCAUGGCCCUUUAGGUUGGGUCUCUUCCUGUGGUAUGCGUUUGGAACUGCGUAUUCCGUUCAUAUUCCAUUACUACGAUGGAAGAGGAUUCCUGUGCUUGCUGCAAUGUGCCUUUGGUCAGUCCAGGGCACGAUCGUUCCUGUUCUGUUCCACCUCCAUGCUCUGACAUACAUAAAAGGAAGAACACUUGUACUUUCGAAGCAUGCACUUUUUGUAUCUGGAAUCAUGAGCAUCUACGGUAUAGUUAUCGCACUUUUUAAGGACGUUCCUGAUGUCGAGGGAGAUAGGAUUAAUGGAAUAAACUCCUUUGCUUUGCAAUUUGGGCAAAAACGCGUGUUUUGGAUUUGUAUAUGGCUUCUAGAAAUGGCAAACGGUGUGGCUAUAUUGACCGGGUUGUCAUCAACACAUUUUUGGAUCCGAUCGAUCAUGGUAAUUGGUCAUGGCAUUCUUGGUCUUAUACUUUGGAGAAAUGCAAACUUAGUUGAUCUCCAGAGCAAUGACGCGAUUGAAUCCUUUUACCUUUUUAUUUGGAAGCUAUACUACGCGGAGUAUUUGUUGGUGCCCAUAUUACGAUUUUAA